CUUUCCGUUUGGCUGUCAUUCGGGGAGCUCAGUGUUUAUGUGCGUACGCGCGUUGCGAGGGCGUUUUCAGAUCGCAUGUGUUCAUGCUGCAUGCGCUUGUGUACUCGUACGUAAAUGUUCAUUGCAUCCUGAAUACCCGCGAUAUAUUGUGCGAUAGGAUUUACACGAGCAGGCGGCGGUGGAUUUUUUCACCCCUCUCCAAGUGGUCCGGGAGGCGAAGAGAGGAAAUGUCAUCAAAAAGUUCCAGCACCUACGGGGACGACGGUGUCUCCCGGCCGGCUAAGGGUUUUGCCAGGCGGGGGGCCGUGCGCCAGAAAGUCGUGCACGAAGUCCGUAGCCACAAGUUCAUCCCGCGGUUUUUCAAGCAGCCGACAUUUUGCAGCCACUGCACGGAUUUCAUAUGGGGUUUUGGCAAGCAAGGAUUCCAGUGCAGCAUUUGCUCGUUCAGUGUACACAAGCGGUGCCAUGAAUUCGUCACGUUUGAGUGUCCAGGAUCAGACCAGGGGGCUGACUCUGACGACCCCAAGAGCAAGCACAGUUUUAGACUCUACACCUACAGCAGCCCCACUUUUUGUGACCACUGUGGCUCGCUGCUGUAUGGCCUGAUCCGUCAGGGAAUGAAGUGUGAAUCAUGUGAUAUGAACGUGCAUAAACGAUGUGAGAAGCUGGUUCCCAACCUAUGUGGGUCUGAUCAUACGGAGCGUCGUGGACGCAUCGAGCUGAACAUCAAGUGUGAUGGCGCACAACUUCAAGUUGACGUAUUGUCAGCCAAGAACCUGAUCCCGAUGGAUCCCAAUGGUCUGUCAGACCCCUACGUCAAGUUGAAGUUGAUCCCGGACGACCACGGCAAGAGCAAGAAGAAGUCCAAGAAGAUCAAGGGCACUCUCAACCCUGAGUUCAAGGAGAGCUUCACCUUCAAACUCAAAGAGGAGGAUAAGACUCGGAGAUUACUCAUCGAGGUAUGGGACUGGGACCGCACCUCCCGCAACGACUUCAUGGGCUCCCUGUCCUUUGGCGUGUCGGAGCUCAUGAAGAACAGCAUGCAGGGCUGGUUCAAGUUGCUGAACCAGGAUGAGGGCGAGUACUACAACGUCCCUGCUGUGGCCGAGGACAUCAGUAUAAGUGAACUGCAAGAGAGGAGAAAGCAAGAGAAGAUAUCGAGCAACUUUGAAAACAAACUGUCCAUCAGGAAGGACCUGUCCCUAUCGCACUCUGGCGACAUGGUCCGGGCCAGCGAUUUCAACUUCAUCACAGUACUCGGCAAGGGCAGCUUCGGCAAGGUAAUGCUGGCAGAGAAGAAGGGCACCGAGGAGCUCUAUGCAAUCAAGGUCCUGAAGAAGGACGUCAUCGUCCAGGACGACGACAUCGAGUGCACCAUGACAGAGAAGCGGGUGCUGGCCCUGGACGGUAAGCCCCUCUUCCUGACACAGCUCCACUCGUGUUUCCAGACGGCCGAUCGGCUCUACUUCGUCAUGGAGUACGUCAACGGCGGCGACCUCAUGUUCCAGAUCCAGAAAGUGGGCAAGUUCAAGGAGCCGCACGCCGUAUUCUACGCAGCGGAGAUAUGCAUCGGGAUUCUCUACUUGCACAGCAAAGGCGUGAUAUACCGUGACCUGAAGCUGGACAACGUGCUGCUGGACUCGGAGGGGCACAUCAAGAUUGCCGACUUCGGCAUGUGCAAGGAAGACAUGACGGAGGAUAAGACCACCAGGACGUUCUGCGGGACUCCGGACUACAUCGCGCCGGAGAUUGUAGCCUUACAGCCUUAUGGAAAGGCCGUGGACUGGUGGGCGUACGGUGUACUACUCUACGAAAUGCUAGCAGGCCAGCCCCCAUUUGAUGGCGAAGAUGAAGAUGAGCUGUUCCAGUCAAUUAUGGAGCACAACGUGUCCUACCCCAAGUCCAUGUCUAAAGAGGCUAUCUCCAUCUGUAAAGGGUUUCUGACCAAGCACCCUGCGAAGAGACUAGGCAGUAGUCCCAACGCCAGCAAGGACAUCCAGGAGCACUCAUUCUUCAGGCGCAUCGACUGGGGCAAGCUGGUCGACCGGGAGGUCCAGCCUCCCUUCGUUCCCAAGAUUAAAGGGGCGCACGACGUCAGUAACUUUGACAAGGAGUUCACCCGCGAGGAACCCACGCUGACCCCGACCGACAAACUCUUCAUCAUGAAUCUAGACCAGACCGAGUUCGACGGCUUCACUUACACCAACCCCAACUUCGUCACACGUUAAGUCAAGAUUUGGUGCAUUUUGGGUUCGGUCUGUGGGUCGUAUGAGUUUCCCCCACAGCUGACAAAUGUAGAUUAUCACUUGUAAAAAAUAAUGGAGAAGAAAAUAACGAAAUUAUACAUUUUAAGACUAAUGUGAUCUGAUGCUGUGUAGGUAGAUCAGAAAUGCCUUCUAUACAUAAAUGAAUACAUAUCUAUGCCUUGCAUUGGCUAUGUUAUUAAUGCGUUACAGUUAAAAACUGGCAGGAUACUUGAUGAAAUAUCACUUCUUGCCGUGUUAUACACGCAUUCUGUUUGACCAUGCUAUAUGCCACUCUCAAGGAAAUUAAGGCGAGGGUGUAUGGUCAAGUACUUGUUGACUGUCUUGGUAUGAACAGGGGUAGGAAAUAACCAAAUUGUGGCUUGGAGUCCCAAAGACCAGUCACAGAAACAGACCAACAGGAAAGGUUAGAAUUCUGAUUUCUGUCACGCCUAACUUUUUCAAAUUUAGGAAAACUUCGAAUCGUUCACCAACAAUAACACAUCUCUCAGGUGCACAUCCGGGGGGUGGGUAGUCACCCCCCUCCCAUUGCUUGGGGCCGGGAGCUACGUUGGAAGACACCCUAAUAAGUAAACCAUAAGGGUCUUAUUUUGCGUGAACGGUCAGGCACAAAACAAACAGAGUAAAUGGCUUUACCGACGGCGACAAGUAUGUAGUCGUCCCCGUGAUCCCCCUAACAGUGUCUUGGGUUCGUCCCUGUUACUUCAUUCCAAGUAUAUCAAAUAGUGGUAUUUAAUCUAUGUUUCUGUGGCUGUCUCAAUAACUAGUAAGAGACAGUAAACAUUACCAAAUGAGUCCAAAUCUGGAAGUCAAGAAAGCAUAAAUAGUUUCCUUUGGUUACCGCCGUGCUUGUCACCUGAUUUAUACGUCUCUUUCUCUGAUAGAAAAGCAUUGAAUUUUUUUUCACACUAUCUCAUUUAAUAGAAAUGACCUCAGACUGUAUCCACUCUCAUCUAGGUUUGUAAAUUACUUACAUUCCAAUCGUUUUCUUUUGAAUAUUCUGUUGUAUAUACUUCUUGUCCCUUUGACGAAAAUCUCAGCAGUACUUUUAGUUUUUAACUUAACGUAGUCAAACUUCACGCUGAUAUAUUUCAUUUUGCAUGGACCGCUGGAUUUCUCAAGAUCUACAUGUACUACUCUGCCUUGCAUAACACAAUUCCGAAGUGCGAUGACUUUCAUUUUUUAACAAGAAUUCAUAUUAUGUGAUAAUGGGUUUUCGCCUCAUAUCGUCAUAAAACUUGCCUGCACCAUCCCUUCAUUUAUUUCGACUAACCAACGAAUUAAGAUUCGAGUGACAUAUCACGUGAACAUUACUGUGAAGUUGUAGAUUUACUUAUUCUGUUUGUAUAGAAUUUACGUGUGCUGAGAAAUCAAGUAAGAUUCGGAAAUUCCAAUUUUUGCAUUGAAUUCCAAAUAAUAUUGCCUUGUAGGUCAUACUUUGUUGAAUGCGUAUUCAAGACAAAAAUGAAAUUUUAUUUUAUCUUGUGCAUUUUGAAGUGUCUGCGUUUGUAUUAAACAAAUCAGAAGGCAAGGGCAAAUUGUUUCCACAUAUAUAAUCGGUGCUUUGUGAGUUAAAAUUAUAGAAAAGUGUGGAUUGUAAUGUUUCUGGUAAAUUUAAAAAAUGAAUUAGCUGCAUUCGUGAGUAAUGUAUUAUUCAUCGUUGAACUGUAAACUUAACCUUGAUGUACUCAAACCAGAACUGAGAGUUUCCCGCCAGCCUCAUAAUUAUUAACCGGCCGAACGUCACGUUGUUUUCUGACUGGUUAAAGCCCAAUGUUUCCUCAACUUGUAAGGUUACUCGGCGAACCACUUCGUACUCCAAAAGCACCAAAUUAUGUAGGAUAAUCAAUCAGCCGGGGGAUGGGGGGUGAGGACUGGGAAUAUUUUUGGUUUUUGAAAAUGAUCGCUGAGCAUCUGCUGGUCAUUUUGACUUCCAAAAUAAAUAAAAUUCUUUGACGAUUCUGAAGACAAACCAAUGCAUUAAAUUCGUAACCCUUUGAAAAUAGUCCAUACAUGCACUCAACAUAGGCGUUUGUAAACGCAUUGUACAGAUGUCAACUAACUUUAAUUUCAGUUAAGUUGUUGAUGAGUUAAUUUGGUUGACUCAGAUUUCUGAUUUUGUCUUGGACUGUCGCAACUGAUUGCAACUUUCUACCCGGCGGGUAAUCUAGUAGUCGUAAAAAGUGGGAUACUUGUCAUUUUAUUUGUUUGCGCUUUUUGAAAACUCCAUGCAUUUUGAAAUGGCUAAGGUCUUUUAUGUCUUCAUUGUGACACGUGUGACUCGUGUCCUGCAUAAAAUGUUCCUAGAUAAUUUCAAUAGACUGUACAAAGAUGUAUCGUGUUUCCAAAUUGUACAUGACUAUGGCGUCACUAUGCAUUACUGUAAGCAGAGCUGUCCAUAGAGAGAGUAGCGCCAGCCUCAGGUUUUGGAAACAAAAUGGCUCUUCAUAAUGUGUGCAGCAGCAGGGCAUUGUAUAUUCACUGGCGCAUACACCUGCCAGUUUGUUUCCAACAGUAUGGUGACACUCAUGUCGCAACUGUCUGUAUACACGGCUCUGUUAUUAAGCAGGGUUGAAUUGUAAAAGAUACACCCUUUCAUCUGUAACUGAGCGCGCAACUCUGUUACUGCCCAUUCUGGUUGUAUUUUUACGGUACAUUAUAAAACAAAAAUUCACUUUGGGACUGAAUCAAAUCCCGUGGUAACUCGCAGCAUUCAAAUUCCCAAAAUGGUGUAUUUCCUUAUAUACAUGGUGAAUUCAUCUGUGUCUCUUUUCCAUAUCUCUCCUAGCUUUGAUGAUUGCGUCUUUGCAGACUUACGUCUUGCCGUUCAGGUACAGAAUACUGAAUGCACAUGAUUUACCUAAGCAUUUUGUGCAAGAAGCGCGGUUAAUGCAUAUCUUACAUAACACUUCAACACUUGGUGAAGCUUGUUAAGCGUGCUACGAAGUACGUGUUAAGCUUCAAACUUUUGGCAUCAUGAACCAGAUAUGCCGUUUUCAGGCAAACAUUCGUCCAAUCAUUCACUUGCGCUAUUUUGACGCGUCUGAGACUUCACUACCAAAACUGAUUAGUGAACUCAUGCUGAAUUCGUUAUUUUGAUAUGGGAGCUAAAACGCGCGUAUCUGCCAUUAUAUUGUUGGUAAUUCGUUCCAUUACACAGGCUGAAUUAUUCGUAGGUAGCGUCAGAUGUGAAAGAAACCGCUUUUAUUUUGUCGUCUGCAUAGUCAACUACCUUGACUAUUAAUCCAGAGUUGAGCUUUUAUUUUGUUUGGGGCGUUGUAUAGUUGCGGUUGUACAGAUACAUAAGAGAGGAACUCUGAUAGCGGUUUUUGCUGAUAUAUACCAAUUGCUUUGUAUAAUUCUGCACCUUCUUUCAAUGCAUGCCUUUCAGGUCAUCAUUUGCCUCUGUAUUUCAGCACUUAAACCUUUACUGAUUUCGUAAGUGUGUAGUCAAAUAAUAGGUGACUGAUAUCGUAAUUAGGAUGGGAGAUUUUUGUAAACGCCUUGACCAUUUUAGAUUACAAACAGAAUAACUUAUAUAAGAAACAUUUUUACAUUAUUGAUAUUAUAUAUAUCGUGAACUAUAAUUGAUUUUUUGGAGUGUAAUGCUUGGGUGAGUGGAUCAAAGAUACUGCUGUAAAUGAAAUAAUCCUAUACUAUUGUGUAAAUUUAAUUGGUUGUUUAUAUUUUGGAGUUGAAAUUAUUUUAAUAACCUAUAAGCUUGAUAGAGAUAUAGAUUUUUUUCUUUUGUGGAAAAUUUCAUUUCUAUAAGAACACUGAUUACAUGGUGUUGUUCAGUGUUAUUCUUAGAAGCAUACCUGAGUGAGCGUCCCUCACGAAGUUGGCCAGCAUCCCAACAUAGCUGGGUUUUUGCUCCGAGAUUUCUGUCUUUGGCUAAGAAGUCUUUUGGUGGUACUUUCCACUCUCAGACUUGAAUUUGUAUUUUAAUACUAAUUCUGAUUUUUGGAAUUGGUACUUUUAUUCUAUAAAUACAUGUAGUUAGAAUUGGGCAGGAAGCCUUUGAAUACAUUGUUGAAGGAAUUACCAAUGAAAGUUCAAAGUUCACUUCAUGUAAAAUUUUGUCCAAUUUUAUUGAACAUCAAAUUAUUCUGCUCAUUCACGAAUUGAAGAAGCAAAAUGUAGCCGUGAUGUAUUUAAAAACAUUUUGACAAUGGAUGUAACUUUUGUUAUCAUUUAUAGUGCUUCAUUGAUUUUGUUUCUGCCAUUGCCACUGGCAUUCCCUUUGCAUAUCAUUGAUUGGAUUAUUGUACGCGUUUCGUUAACCCCAAAGUUUGCUGAUGUUACGAGACGAAAAAUUCAAUAAGGCAUCAGAUUUUAUGGCAUGCUAUACAUGUAUGCUUGUAACAAUGACGCUGAACAGCUAUUUGUGUAGGGUUGUAGAGGGAGAAAAUAGUACUAUAUCAAGACAUCGUGCAUACAAAAAUGAUACAAUAUUCUUAAUUCAAAUUAAACUCAACAUUGAUGAACUUAUUCCAAACUUAA